GGAAGCGUGUUUCACCAGCAGCAUCACCUCAGUUGACAAAACUUCUGCAUAUGCCAGUGUUGUUUAAAAAAGGGGGACAAUGGCUGCCUCGAAUUAUUCACUGAAGGUCAACAGGGACCUGCUGGACCCCAACUUUGAAAGUUACAGGUUAUCUCUGGACGCCAUACCGACGUACAACGUGGAGCUGGAUGCAGCUGUGGAGGAAGUGAAGCUGAAGGAUACUCAGUACACUCUGGAACACAUGAGAGCGUUUGGCAUGUACAACUACCUCCACUUAGACCCUUGGUAUGAAGACAGCGUUCUGUUUGUGGACUGCAAAGGACGGGUUCUCAGUCUCAGCGUCACAUUGGACACCGCCCUGGGGAAGCCGAGAGAGGUGUUCCGUUUAACCGAUGAGUCCAGAGAGUGUGAGGACCGUCUGUGUGCGUCUCUCAGCCUCACCUCGGCGACCUGGGCGGCUCUCGCUGACGGUGCUGGACGACUUUAUCUCCUCCGCACCGGUAAGAGAGGAGACAGCUCCCAUAUGAAGUGGGAGCCUAUGUUCACUGAAGACAUGGAGCAGCCUUUCACCAUCCUUCACAGCGUCUCACAUGUCCAGGAUGGAGUCCACACCAUGGAGGUCCUGCUGCUCCGCAUCCUGAAGGACCCGCAGGAAUCCAAAGGGAGCGGAUACUGUGUGUCCCUGGAGUGGAUCACAGUCGCCAACACUGCAGGACAUGGUCAGGAGAAGAAGUACGAGGUGAAGAAGAGGAGGGUCCUCAGGGGGAAGUCGGUGCCUCACUACGCAGCCGUGGAGCCAAAGGGGAAGGGGCUGAUGGUGGCGUCGGAGAAACCGUUCGUCUUCACCCACAUGGAUGGUGUUCCUGUGGAGCAGCCUGACCCAGAGCCCAUGGAGGUGGAGAAGACAGAUCCCAUUUACUUCUGGCAGCAGACAGCCGAGGACAUCACGGUGUGUGUGCGCAUGCCUGAGGGUGUCACCAAAGAGGAGGUUCAGUUCACACUGACGGCGGACAACAUCAGCAUCGGAGUUCAGGGUUUCUCUCCUCUACUGGAGGGCCAGCUGUUUGAAUCUGUAGACCCCGAGGCCAGCGCCUGGAUCAUCAAAAACGACAAAAGCCUGGAGGUGAGCCUGCAGAAGCGCAGUGAGGGGCCGAUGUGGGCGGAGCUUGUGAUGGGAGACAAGAGAGGCGAGUACGUGAUGAGUGACGAGCAGGCCGCCCUGAUCCACGAGAGACUGACGCACCUCACCUCUGAGGACUUGAAUGGGAACCCCGACAGAGACAAGCCCCCCUGCAACUCUCAUGAGCUGGAGGACUGUGAUGGCUUUCCAGAGGACAGCUUCAGCCUCACACACUUUGACGGAGAAUCCCUGAAGCCCACUCAGGUGGUGAAUCUGGGCAGCCAUCAGUACCUGUUCACAGUGGACGUGAACCCCUCUGACAUGCCGUGUCUCUGCCUCAGACACGACGUGGACGCUCUGCUGUGGCAGCCUCGUCCGGACCAACCCAGCAACAUGUGGGAGCACAUCGCCACCUUCAACGCUCUGGGCUACGUCCAGGCGUCCAAACGGGAUAAAAAGUUUGCCACCUGCGCUCCAAACUUCUCCUACGCCUCUUUGUGCGAGUGUCUCCGACGGGCUUUCAUCUACAGACAGCCGUCGCCGGUGGAAACCGUCCUGUUCAACAGGAAGCAGGGCAGACAGGUAGGGCAGGUUGCCAAGCAGCAGGUUGCCAGCCUGGACUCCGAUAAACCGAUCCUGGGCUUCAGAGCGACCAAUGAGAGACUUUUCAUCCUGACCUCCAGUAACCUGUUUGUUCUAAAGGUCAAUAAUAAUUAGAUCUGGGACUACUGUUAGUUUUACAUUUUCAUCUCGGUAACCUUUUAAAGGAUUAAUCAUUCCAACCUGAAGAUGUGUUUACUGGUCAGCGAUAAAAACUUACUCAUGUGCAAAUGUGUGUUUUACCUGUCCAGUCAAAUGUCUGUGAGUCGAAAGGUAAGGCAACACAAAUAAUCAAAAUAAACAUCCAAUAAAGGGGAUUUGUUUUCAGGAUAUUCAUUAAAGGAAACAAUCAGAUAAACA